UCGGAACGUUCUUAUGAUACCUUCUCUCGCUGUCGAAAAAUCAUAUAGUCUCGUAAAUCAGCGACAUUUUCCGAUUGAGUUGUCAACAUUAUUUGGGCAUGGACGAAACACGGAGGAAUUUAGCAACUCAGUGUAGAUGAAACAGACACAAAGUAACUUAUUCUGAAGGAUUUCUAUGACAUCCAGAGUGGCUUUUUGACAUUCGUUCAUCUUUUGCGGUAAUGGCUCCUAUAGGAUUAAAAUCAAAGUGAAAUGUCAACUGAACAAAGUAGCGUUCUUGACAACAUACCGGGUCACUGGCAAUUUGUUGAACGGAUGAAUCUCGUCUCACAUUACCAGUAAUAACAGAGAGCGUGGGAAACAUACUCUCUCUGAUAUCAUCCAUCAUGUCCAACAAAGGUAUUCGUCGUUCCCUGCGAAUCAAGAUAAUAAGUAUGGGAAAUGCUGAGACUGGCAAGAGCUGUAUAAUCAAACGUUACUGUGAGAAGAGGUUUGUCCACAAAUACUUGGCUACUAUAGGCAUCGACUAUGGCGUCACCAAGAUCAGUGUGAAGGACCGAGAUGUUAAAGUCAACAUCUUCGAUAUGGCAGGGCAUCCCAUAUUUUAUGAGGUUCGCAAUGAGUUCUACCGAGAUGCACAGGGUGCAAUUCUUGUGUUCGAUGUGUCUGACCGUGUGAGCUUCGAGUCUCUGGAUGCGUGGGUGCAGGAGAUGCACAAUGAGAUGGGAGACAAGACCGAGGUUGACAACACCAUUGUGUGUGUGUGUGCUAACAAGAUUGACAAGAAAAGAACUGUUGAUGAAAUGGAGGGCCGAUUGUGGGCCGAUUCUCGUGGCUACAACUACUUUGAAGUGUCGGCACAGACAGGGGAGGGAAUCAAUGACAUGUUUCAGAUGUUGUUUGAUGGAGUUGUGAGUACAGUAGACAAUGGUGGGAAGAGACUUCCUGUACAGACGCAGCUCGGAUACACCAAGGAGCAGAUUGAUGCCAUACAGAGGCUAAAAAAUUCUAAGUCAGACUUCGAGAGGCUCGGUCUCUCUCCAGGGGCAUCCAAGGAUGAUGUGAACAAAGCGUACAGGAAGCUGGCCGUGUUGCUGCAUCCUGACAAGAGCGUGGCACCAGGAAGUGAAGACGCCUUCAAGUUGUUAGUGUCAGCUCGGACAGCCUUGUUGAAACGAUGUCAGUAACAACAGCCAUGGAUAUCAUCACUUCAUGCAAUGGAAUUCACUCAUGCAAUGGUGUAUUCAUUAACUAUCUACCCAUGUUUACAUGAUUAGGUUCAUUGGUUUGAGAUCAUUCAAGGAGACUGCAGUGUUCUGGCAUGCUUCAUCCGCUAUUUUGUCUCGAAUUCAAAAUACAGUCACAGUCAGAGGCUUAAUCGGUCAGGAGUCUGGUCAAAUAGUUUUGUUUUUAUUUCGACCAUGUUGACCACAAUGUACUAAUGUGGGUAAUAGUAACUUGACGAUAGUUCAGGACCUGUUCAACUAAGUGACCCUUGGACUACGAGUAACGCAAUGCCCAUGUUUUAACAUACAAGUACAAUAAUCGCCCUAUGGAACGGGAGACAGAUUUGUAGUUUGGGGCAAAGACUGCAGUCAGCUCCUUCAAAUGAAUUGUUAAUUGCCAUUAAACAACAUUAUCAUGAUUAUGCAUUUUACAUGAAAGUUGGUAACAAUAAUAUGUGCAGUUUUCACCGUUGCCAAACUAGGCUGGAAUUUGUAGCGCCACCAGUGGCUAUUACGAGUUAGUCCUUUCUAUGUCCCUCCUAUUGACCAAUCAGAUUCCACCUCUCAUAUCACUUGCAUUUACUUCAAACAAAAUGGUGGCGCCCAAUCUGGACAAUCUGAUCGAUAAUCAAGAUCUGUAUUGUAAUAAAACAGGUCUUCCUUUACCAAAUGCAUGAAAUCCCUUGAGCACCUUGAUUAGAAACAUGAAAAGAUUUGCUAAAUAUCUGUCGAUGCCAAAUUGGAGGUACACAUGCUUUGCAAUUCCUUUUGUCAAAUGAAAUCUGCAAGUUGAAAACCAUGUUGUUUAUUAAUCGAAUGUCUAGUUUGUUAGACGAUUUUGAUUAGACUAUGCAUAGACUCGUUAGUCCAGCCAAAAUGUAACCCUGGAAUUCCAGCCUAGUAUCACAAGGGUGGAAACUGGACUUUUCUGGUCAGUCAACGCCCUUGCAUCAGGAAGAUGUAUUCUGUGUUAUAAGUUGAUUCCUUUAGCGUGUUUAGAACAAAUUACUUGAGGUGGAAACAUAUUCUUAUAUCUCGAACCUUUCCCAACACAGUUAUUGGUCAAUAGUUUUGUCACUCUAUUUUGAAGUUUGGUUGCCUACUGUUUAUUUACAUUGUCAAUACAUCAUGUACAUUUGAUUGAAUGUGUCUAUUUCACCGUUGUGUCGUUGUUGUUUUUAAAGUCUCGACAUAUGUGUCAUGAUCGGUGACUGGCGUGUAGGAGGUAAACUUGCCAUGUUUUCAAGAUAGAGAUGAAAUUUGACUCUGCUAAAUUUGGAUGCAAACACACAGCAAAACCUUCAAACAUUGAAAUGCAUCACCUAAUGACAUAGUUGUAUAAAUGGUUUGUUGAUCCUGAUAUUUAAUAAUUUUUACAGUAAAGGCUGUCCUGAUUACUAGGGUUGAAGUGUAACAGGCUAUCAGUAUUAUUAUAUGUAUUUUGAAGUUUUAGUGACAAAAUAAUAGACUGAACUUAUGUGUCUUCUGUUUUUCCUUGUAUCAUUUGGUUAAGUUGUAUCACACUGGUAAUAAUCUGCGUAGUUGUGCCUGUAUCAAAUACUGAAUCUAACAACUCUUUACAGUUGAUAAUGGUUCUUUCAUAUGUAGAAUUUGCACAGAUUUCAGAUUUCUGCAUGUAAUGAAUUCUUACAUGCUAUCCUAUCAGUAUUUAUUUGUUACUGUAUAUAACUACCUAUUGCUUAUACAUCUUUUGUAUUAUUUUUAACUUGAUAUAUUCAUCCAGUUUUUAUUGUAAAAUAUCCGUCCAGGUUUUAACUUAAACUAUCCGUCCAGGUAUAUUUUACUGUUUCUGUUUUAUAUACUGGUAUGUCUCAAGCCAAAAUAAAUAUACCACUUGAACAUCCAAAGUGAAAAAAUAUUUUUGAUCUGUUCCUAUUUGUUAACUGGGAAUGUCAUGUUAUGUUGACCUGAAUCUAGUAUUUGCAAGGUGAUGUUGUGUAGAGAUCUGUCUGUACAAGGUUGGCAGGGUGGACUCUGGUGGGAUAUCAGACAUUCUUCACCAUAACAUCAUACAUUCAGUUUUGGUGGCUACAAUUGUGCUCAAUCAAAUGUGAAGUGAAGUGCUGUUGAUCCUUUGCUGAAAUGUCCUGUGUUACAUACGUGAGGAGAUAUGGAUGCUCUACAGUCAUCUGUGUUGGUGUCAGACAGCUACUGAUUGAAGGAAAGUUAAUUUUGUUUUAUUUUCCAAGCACGGUAGAGCGUACCUAACAAACCAUGGAAAGUUAUUGUGUGCUUCCUUUACAUUAUUAUCUCCCCUUGUAUUCCUUAUGCCACGCUCCUUCCCCGCACGUGACACUCUCGGUAACAUCUCUACCACUAGUGUGGGCACGGCCAUUACAAGAAUCUUGAAAUUUGCCCUCUUACCCCAAAUGUAGUAACGUUCAUACUUUUGUUUAUAUGUUUGGGAAUGCCAUCACAGUUAAUUUUGAAAAGGUUUACGACUGACCAUAUUUCCCAGGUGAAUUUACCUUUUUGUUUGUUUGAUCGGAUUGGUUCGAGAUUACUGACAAAAGGAAAAUCAACCAAUUUCUCCCUUAUAUUCUUACUAUACCAAUUCCAUGAUAGUUGUCAUGAAACAGAAAUUCAAAUUGACAAACAAAGAAAAUGAUUUAGCAGGAGUAAGCGUAUUCGGGUCACGGCAGUCGUCACUUGUUUGUAAAAAUAACAGUCAAUCAGUUGCAAGUUCAGCUCCAAGCAUGGUUGUAGCCACCUAUCACAGUGGGGAGCUUUGACUUGUGGCAGCGAUAGUACAGAGAGCUCCACGAACAGGAUAUAGCUGUGAGGAGCUUGGCCUUAUGCAUGAUAGUGAUUGGUCACCUUGGUCUCUUUGUGUUUCCUCUUUGUGUUUCCUCUUGGUGCUAUCAAGUUUGUUUCUUCCUUGUAGACUGUUAUGGUUAUACACAUGCUUCAUUUUAAAUACCUUCCUCUUUCCUGUUUGAAACAAAUGUAAUCGGCCCUUGUAAACUAGUGCUUGCUCCAUACACUGCCAGAUGCACCUUACACAUGAAUAACCCUUGGGGAUCUUGAAGGUCAAUGUCAUUACCUAUGUUUCACAUAUGUCAAAGGCCAAGUUUAUUCAUUCAAACUUUUAUUAGUUAACAUUCUAGGCCCAAGUCACAUUUUUUAAGCUUGAAACCACACAAACUUGAGAAUUUCAAUUAUUUUUACAAGACUACAACGGGUGUUUCAAUUUUGUUAAAGGUCAAAGUGACCAUUCAGUUAUGAAAAGUUUGUGAACAAGCUGAUUUAUGAAGAAUUGUCAUCAUUUUUCUAAGACUUCAUCAUGUUCAAGGGGUGGUCGGGUAGCCCAGUGGUUAAAGCGUUCGCUCGUCAUGCUGAAGAUCAGGGGUUGAUUCCCGACAUGGGAACAUUGAGUGAAGCCCAUUUCUGGUGUCCCACGCCGUGAUAUUGCUGGAAUAUUGCUAAAAGUGGCAGAAACCAUACUCACUCAUGUUCAAAUUGUUAUUAAGCUUCCAUCUGCUUUGAUAACUGAUGUUCGUUAUUGUCCUCCAUCUGUCUGAGUGUGAGAAAUCAUGUAGUAUGACUAAGGUACUGUUCCAACUUAAUAUGUGUAUUUACUCGUGUGGUUUUUAUGAGGGUGUUUUGGAACCAAGAAUGAUCGAAGAUAUGACAAGGUGAUGUUUACAUGAGAUAUUUCUUGUAUUGUAUCUACCAGGGUGAUAGUGAAACACAUCCAGAUGUUAUGCUGACAUUAGUUGGCUAUCCAUGCUAGAACCACUCAUUCUUGAGUUUUGAAGUACUGUACAAAUAGCUGUAAAAGCAUUAAAAAUAGUUCACAAAAUGGAUCUGUGAAAGUGUAUUUCUGGUUGGAUGUCCAGGAUAUGCUUGAACUCAGAGGUGUUUGAGUAAGUAUUGACUGAAAUGUUAUAGUUUGUACAUUUUAUGAGAUAAAUUAUUUGCCUUGUUGAAUUAAUCCACUGUAUUUCAUUGGACAACUGAUAAUCCAUCCACAAUGUAUUUUGUGAAAAUAAAUGAUAACCUUCACGGUACAUGUAGUUCUCUGUUUAGAAGACAGCCUAAAUCAUUAGUGAAGCAGACCAAUGAUAACUGGCUCUUCUGGGUUGGGCAGUAGCACCUCAUGCUUGUCUACCUGAAGGAUUAAAGGCUAUAAGAUUGUAAGAGCCAGUUAAGGAUGAUUGGAUGUUUUUAUUACAGUGUGCAACUUUGCUGCUUAUAUGUCAUUGUGCCCUUGUGCAGUCUCAGUAUAAUCAGAUCUUAGUGCUCGCUACCGCUACACACAAUCUCUCUAAGAUCUGUUUUUUAUAACAUUGGUCACAGCAGUAAUCAAUGCUCUUUGUUUCUCCGAGAAUCGGUUAUUUACAGGCCUUUGUUUGUUUCUUUGUUGUUUAAUGCAAC